AGCGCAGCGCUUCAGUGUGUGGAUAUGCGGAGAUAGGUGAUGGGUAGAAGAGAUGUAAGUGGCGUCGGCCUCAGCUCUCCAAAGCUGUAGGCUUGGGAUGGGAGAGUCGCGGCGCACUCUGCCCCUCCAGACCGAAAACCACCUGUAUGGAUGACCAGUCCCUUAGCGUGAUCAAGCCCCGCUCAUCCGCCAGGCACAAGAGCAGCAACGCGACUGACAGCCGGGGUGAUGCCGAGGUGGAGAGGGGCGUUAUGACGGUGGAAAACAUGCUGGAGGAUCCCGCCGUGCUGUCGGUGGAUCGAUACGAGCGCAGCAGGCAGGGAUGCUGCGACAGGGUGGUCAUCAACAUUUCGGGUUUGCGCUUUGAGACGCAACUUAAAACUUUCAACCAGUUCCCAGACACGCUGCUGGGGGACCCCAGGAAAAGGAUGCGCUACUUUGACCCACUGAGGAACGAGUACUUCUUUGACAGGAACAGACCCAGCUUUGAUGCCAUCCUGUAUUACUACCAGUCAGGGGGGCGCAUUCGGAGACCCGUUAACGUCCCCAUUGACAUUUUUUCCGAGGAGAUCCGGUUUUAUCAACUCGGAGAGGAGGCCAUGGAGAAAUUCCGUGAUGAUGAAGGCUUUAUAAAAGAAGAGGAGCGCAUACUGCCCAAAAACGAUUUCCAAAAGCAGGUUUGGCUUUUGUUUGAGUAUCCUGAGAGCUCUGGACCAGCGAGGGGAAUAGCCAUAGUUUCAGUGCUUGUUAUUUUGAUUUCAAUUGUUAUUUUCUGCAUGGAAACUCUGCCGGAAUUUCGGGAUGAGAGAGACCAAGCCACAGUGGCACCCGCGGCCAAUGGCACUGCUGCCUACGUGCCAAGCCCGUUCACAGACCCCUUUUUCAUCAUAGAGACCCUGUGUAUCAUUUGGUUCUCCUUCGAGUUGCUGGUCAGAUUUUUCGCCUGCCCCAGCAAAGCUACCUUCUCCAAAAACAUCAUGAAUAUCAUUGACAUCGUCGCCAUAAUCCCCUACUUUAUCACUUUGGGCACUGAGCUGGCCGAGAGUGACACCAGCGGCGGCCAGCAGGCGAUGUCCCUCGCCAUCCUGAGGGUGAUCCGGCUGGUGAGAGUCUUUCGCAUUUUUAAACUGUCGCGUCAUUCAAAAGGACUUCAGAUUUUAGGACAGACCCUCAAGGCCAGCAUGAGGGAGCUCGGCUUGCUCAUAUUCUUCCUUUUCAUCGGAGUUAUUCUCUUCUCCAGCGCAGUUUACUUUGCAGAAGCGGAUGAGCCCUCGUCCAGUUUCACCAGCAUCCCAGAUGCGUUUUGGUGGGCAGUGGUCACUAUGACCACUGUCGGAUAUGGAGACAUGCAUCCAGUGACCGUCGGUGGGAAAAUAGUGGGGUCUCUGUGCGCAAUAGCAGGCGUGCUGACCAUUGCCUUACCCGUGCCAGUGAUUGUGUCCAAUUUCAACUACUUUUACCACAGGGAGACUGAUGGAGAGGAACACCCACUGUACGUGCACACCGGCAGCUGUGAGCACCUCCCCUCGGAGGAGCUGAGGAGGUCCUGCAGUUCCUCAUCCCUCAGCAAGUCUGAGUACAUGGUGAUAGAGCACAGUCCGUUCAAACAGCCCAACUUCACCACUGAAAACAACCAGAACUCCGUCAACAUCAAAAAGAUCUUCACAGACGUGUAAAUGAACCCCAGAAUGGAUCAUUCAUGGAGCAUGAAGACAUAGUAGCUAUAAAAUAGUUUCUUUUAAUAUAUACAGUAUACAUAGCCAAUGUAAUCAGUCUAUAUCUGUGAAUGAACGUGCGUAAAUGUCCGUUUUAACAAGUGAUGUUGUUUUUCAACGUAACCAAACGAGAAAUAACGUGUAGGGGCCUAUACCCAUUUCCAGUGAUUCAUAUGUUUUAAGUAUUUCUUCGACAUCAAAAAGUAUUUAUAAGACCCCAAAAACAUAUGCACUGGAAAAGUAUUUAUUUUGGCUCAAGCUGUUGUCUGAAGUAAACACUUAAACAGCUUGUUAAAACGGAUAUGUUAGCAGGGUAUAUUGUGCCACACGAGGCCUACAUAUCUUGAUGUAAAUGCGAAAGUUGUUGUUCAGGAUUUGGAUACACGUGUAGCAUAUAUAGUCUACUAUAGUGAAAAACGACGUCUUGUGCUUCGUGAAAAGAAACUUUUCAUUGUCCAGUAAUGUAAUGACUAGACUAUGGUAAUUGAUAUAGCCAAAUGCCUGUUUAGGUUAUAUUUGAUAUCAUAACCUGUCUAAAUGUUCGGACUCUGAGUCUUGUUCACAUAAUUAUUCAGGUAUAACACAGAGUGGUGUCGAUGGAAACGCUUAUCAUAACAAUGAAGUCGAGCUUUUCGUAAAGUUGUAUUUUUAUUCAGAACUGCCUAUAUUGCCUAUAUUAAAUAAAACGGAAAUGAACUGACCCCGA